GUUAUUUCCUUUUGAACACAAUUGUCACUUUUUAAUUAAAAACCCUUUUGAGCUUCAAAAACUACUUUUAGUAUUUUUAAGAGGGUUAAGGAGUUUUAAGAAAAAGGGGUGUAACACCUACGGGAGGACAUCUGAAAGUGAAAAUUAGUGGCAGAGGUUGGUGCGGUGGGCUGCGACCGUGGAAGCACCGUUUCUCUUCGACCACAUAGUUGUUCGUAUCUAAGAGUUGCUUCGUCUAAUUUCCAACACAGUAUGUAGAGCGAGAAACACGUCGCGAACACAAACCAAGAGUUGCUCCCAAGACAAAUUUCAUAAGCUUCUCCCUCUCAUAAAUCCACACUAUUAAAGCUGGCAAUGUGCCCAUAUCUAGUCGCUCCUUCAAUACUAUAUAAGCAAUCAAAAGGCUUGAAGGGACGAGUAGAUACAUAAUAUGUAUCAGGGUAUCAGAAUAAUAUGUCUGAGGAGGAACCGCUAGAUCAUUAAAAAUCACACUAUAAAACCCCCAUAAAAAGUAAUGAUCGAAAUACAUCCGAAUGAAAGGUGAAGUUGGAGCUCUGUAAGCCAAUACGUAGUAAAGGACAACAUAUUUAAAGGAAUAAUCGAAAUACAUAAUGUCUAGUAUAGAGAUCCUAUCGAUCCCACCACACAACUAUGUUGGUGGGCAAAUCAGUUAGGUAAGUUCGUAACGGUAAAGUCCAGGUUUAUUAGUCUUUGAAUAUUGCCACGUAAGCAAGUCAAACAUCUCUCUUUGUUGCUUACGUUGACAAUACGAACAAAAAUUAAUUGAAAAAUAAAUUAGGGGCUCAAACCUUGGUAGAUCCGAUGGCGUCUCCAAUCGAGCUCCUCCUGCCUGGUUGUGUUCUGAAUUUCUUUUUUUUCUUUUUUUUCUUUCAUAAUUUGCUGUUUUUAUUAUGGAACUUGUGAUUCAUUUAUGCGCGCGGUUUGUCUCUUGUUUUCCUGCUUAACAAUUUCGCUUCAUCUUAUGAUUUUCAUUCAUACUUGUACUUUGGUUUUGAAUUCUGUUAUUGUUGGCUUGGUGAUUCAUUAAAAUUAAGUUUUGUUCCUCACUGUUAUUUGUCAAAUUAGAACAUUCAAUUUAGGGCUUUAAAAGAAAUUAGGGCUUCAUAGUUUCUCAUACCAAUGCCAUGAUUCCAUAUUGGUUAAAGACGCGAAAGAAUUUUCGCCAAUUUUACUUAACUAAAACUAAUUCAGUCAUUUGUGAAACUAGAUUAAAGUUUUAGAGAACUGGCAUUCCAUAUGGAUAGGAGUGGAAAAUGGGUGGGUCGGGUCGGAUAUAAUUCGGGUCAAAACAGGUAAUUAGAAAACGGAUAAAUUAUUCGAUCUGACCCAUAUUUAAUACGGAAAAAAACGAAUUAAUCGGCUGCUAUGAACAAAAAUAGUCAAUGGGCCAUGAUGAAGAACGGGUUUAAGAAACUAGCAAACUUUAUGUGGGAUCCGGGUUGAUGGGCCCAAGCGCCAAAAUCAAUUAAGCGAAAUGGUUAAAUAAAGUAGGGUAACAAUAGUAUAGGGAGGCUGAAUAUUGUUAGAAACUUCCCCUCUCUAGUCUCUCCCUCGUCUAUUUCUCUCUGUGGCUUUGUCUUCUCAUCCUUUUCUUUCUGUUACUAUACUAUUGUUACUUUUCAGUGUAAUUCCUUUGUUAUAAUAUCAAUAUAUCAAUGUGUUAUUUCUGUAUUGUGGAUAUUGAAUCCAUAACAUUGGUGCUUUCAUUGUCUCCAUCUACCAUGGUGGACCUAUCUCAAGUAAUGGGUCGUUUCAGCGGUGAGAAUCCUCUGAAUUGGGUUCUUCAGGCAGAGAGGCUGGGACCAGUGGCGGAGGCAGGAUCUCCACGAAGGGGGUUCAAAAAAAAAAUUGUAUCUAGUGGGAAUUGAACUCAUGACCUUACGUAGAUUUUGAACCUCCUUGACCACUAAACUACACUUUUGGAUUGUGUUAAGGGGGUUCAAAACUUAAUAUAUAGAGGGAAGCACCUGGCAGGCGUUUAGAUUUUCUCCGGCAAUUUACCACAGUGGAUUAUUAUUCGACACAAGCGGCGGCUCUUCCAGCUUGGAGCAACAUGGACAACUUGCCCUUGUAUCAAUACUGUCAUGUUCGCUCUGACUACAACAACCUGAACAUUGCCCACAAGGUGUUUGGAGAAAAGCCCAAUAGGGAAAUUGAUAACGUGAUAGUUACUGAAACAACAUUACCAGCGCCAGAUGCUAUGAAGCUAAAGAGUAGUGAUAAGAAUCCAUCUGUACUAAUUAAAAUUGUGACGCUGCAGUUUUGGUAACUCACGCGGAAGAAGAGAUCUACAAUUCAGUUUUGGAUGACAACAAAGAGGACACAGACUUUCCUUUGCCACAAUACUUUGUUGAGUCAUUUGACUACAACAACAACAACAACAACGAGGUGCACAAGGAGUUUGAUGAAUUGUCGGAUUGGUCUAAAGAUGCUAUUCAGGAACCAGAUGCUGUUCAGGAACCACACAAAGAGUUUACGAUGAAAACAGAGACUACUGAGGCACAUUUCGCUAACAAUUCGAUGUAUUAUAUCGCUCCAACUGCUGUGGCAAAUGAUCGUGCUAAGGUUGUCAUAAAGGAAGACAAGCAUGAUGAAGCGGAAAUUGUUACCACUAAAGAAGAACCUCUGGGUUUCGUUACUACAAUCAAAGAGAAGGUUCCAUUAUGGAUUGGUUUUGCAUUCUCUAUUUCCAGUGACCUCAUCAUGUUUGAUGAUCAACAUGAACUUGAGCUAGCCCAAUGUUUGGUGGAGAUGUCUUGUAUGGAUUCAGCUUGCGGUUCCAACCAACUUCUAAAUAGAGGUAGAUUUAGUCACCUAAGUGACCUUGCUCAUGCUGAACUUUUCUUGCCUUCGUUUCAAUUUCCACCUGAUCAAUUUGGUUUAGAGUUUCCAUUUGAUCCUGGCUCUAGUUUGUUUACCACCUUCCUUAGAGUUACAAGAAACUGUGUGUUUUGUUUUGCUUCAAGCAACUUGGUGCAUGAUAAUUUCAUAACGUCAACCUUGUGGAAUUCAUGCAUUACACCUUUGAAACUUCAGCUGCGAAAUACUGCUGAUGCAUACGAAUCCAUAACAACAAACUAUUUGGGUAAAAGUGUUCUCGUAAGAAUUUUUAUGUGUUGUCUUUCUGCUAGUAGUGUUGGAAUUGUUAAAAAACUUAUACAGAUACGUGAAUGGAGUGGAGCAAGUGAACUUAAUCUUGUUUUAGAUAAACUGAUUGGAAUUAGUUGCAAAAUCAUUGAAGUCAUGAGUGGAGUUCCAAUAGUGGGACGGUGGAAAUUGUUUGUCGAUAUGAUUGGCUCUAAGAAUAUAGAUCAAGUUGGUCAAUCAGGGCAGAAAACAAAGUUGAAGGCUGCAGAAAUUUAUCAAGGACACAUUACACGACAAAGUAUGAUCUUAUCCAUUCCUAAUGAUGACUUCCGUAUACCAUCCAAAGGCAAUAAGUUAAUAAUGUUCUUACUGGAUUCUUUUGGAGAUGCCAAGCCCAGAGUUCUUUUGAUACUGUGUACCAGCCUAGAUAAUGAGGGAGAUAAAGAAAAAUUUUAUGUUACUACAGUUGAGGAUGCUAGAAGAUUUUAUUCCUUGCUUGGCUUUGAAGCAAAUGUUGCUCUUAAUUUCUCUAGUUGUAUUAGGGAGUACUUCUCUACUAUGAGAUCAAUUUGGGAUCCUGGAGUUGAUGGUUUGGCACUCUAUUUGUUUGAUCCUUGCAAAGAAUUGCCCUACAUUCCUUUGGGUGAGGACACCAAGAUUAAAGGGAUUGCAGUAACUGAAGUUUUCUGCAAUCCAAUGAAAGAGCACAGAGGAGCUUUUGAUCCCUAUUUGAAUCUUCAUAAGUUCACCUCCAUGCUAUCGAUGUUGCUUUACUCGAACCUUGAGGACAAGGUUUUUUUUAAGGACGGGAGUAUUGUUAUGAAUAAAAAUAGUCAAUGGGCCAUGAUGAAGAACGGGUUUAAGAAACUAGCAAACUUUGUGUGGGAUCCGGGUUGAUGGGCCCAAGCGCCGAAGUCAAUUAAGCAAAUUGGUUAAAUAAGGUAGGGUAACAAUAGUAUAGGCAGGCUGAAUAUUGUUAGAAACUUCCCCUCUCUGGUCUCUCUCUCCCUCGUCUAUUUCUCUCUGUGGCUCUGUCCUCUCGUCCUUUUCUUUCUAUUACUAUACUCAGUUAUUGUUACUUUUCAGUGUAAUUACUUUGUUAUCAUAUCAAUAUAUCAAUGUGUUAUUUCUGUAUUUGAUUGUGGAUAUUGGAUCCAUAACAUCGGCGGAUAAAAGCGAGGGGUGGCGGCCGUUAUCACAUGGUCAUCCGGCAAAACGCGGUGGAUCUAGACUUGGGAUAGCAUUGAUAGAGAGUAGUAUAUAUUUGUAAUGUUAUAGCUUUGCCCAGAGUUAGAAAUAUAUUACACUCCCUAAUGCUGUAAUUUUGAUUAUGAUUGUAUUUAGGUUUGUCAAUUGAGUUGAUGA